AUGAACGGAGUCUCUGUUGAUAUUACGCACUUGAAGAAGGGGGAAGUGAAUUUGGGUACGUCCAUUAUGGCGGUCAAGUUCAAGGAUGGUGUUAUAUUGGGUGCAGAUUCAAGGACUACAACAGGGUCAUACAUUGCAAAUAGAGUGACCGACAAGUUGACGCAAAUUCAUGAUACUAUAUACUGCUGUCGCUCAGGAUCGGCAGCAGAUACGCAAGCAGUUGCUGACAUAGUGAAAUAUCAUUUACAAUUAUAUUCUUCCCAAUUGUCUCACGAUGAAAAGCCUACCACUGAAGUCGCCGCUAACGUAUUUCAAGAAAUCUGCUACAAUAACAAGGAUGGACUUACCGCAGGUAUAAUUUGUGCUGGAUAUGAUUCUAAGUCAAAAGGAAGCAUUUAUCUGAUUCCUAUCGGUGGAUCUAUUCAUAAACAGAACUACGCUAUAGCAGGUUCAGGGUCAACAUUUAUCUACGGUUGGUGUAAUGAGCACUUUGUGCCAGAAAUGGAAAAGGCAGAAUGCAUUGAUUUUAUUAAGACUGCAUUAUCAGAAGCAAUCAAAUGGGACGGCUCCUCUGGUGGUGUUAUUAGAAUGGUAAUUUUGACUGACAAUGGAGUUGAAAGGUUAAUUUUUUACCCUGAUGAAUAUCAGAAAUAG